UUCAAUCCUCAAAGUCAUGAAGAAAGGUGCUAAUUGCUAAUGUCAUCAAGGCGUCAUAUCCUGGAUAGGACUUUAUUGGUUCGCCUGCUUUUUUUCCUAAUUUCUUCUGCUGUAUUUAAGUAGAGACACCUCCAAAGACAAGUCCUCCUGCAAUAGUCUCAUGUAGGUUACGAUAUAUGUACGCUUGCUCGCAAAUCAAGAACUGAAGGGCAUAGGAGUAUACAUACAGAGUACAUACACCACCAGCGCACGUACAUUCACACACAUUUAUAUAUACAGGAACUUGCCUUCUCCUGCUUGAGUUGGUGAUUGGUCGCUUGUGAGUGUCUCCUCCAUCGUACGGUGUACCAACUACGAGGUAUUUAUUUAAAUAGAUAUCCUCUUCAAGGCCACCUGUUUCAUUCAAGUCACGAGCUCUCUGUGUGUUUUUCGUUUAUCAAUUCCACCCCUGUUAAUAUACUGGUGAAUCCUCGAAAUGACACUUUAUGGUCCACAAAUCUCUACAGAUCCCCUUUCAUAUCGCACGCCAACUGAUCAGUACUUCCGCCCAAGUUUUAGCAUGAUGUCAAACUCGACCAACUACCUCAAGAGAGGUGUCUCGGCGUCCUCGGCGUCUUUAAGCUCAAAUCAAGAGGUCGAACAGCCUGACGGUGAAUAUGGAGUAAGAACCAGGGUGCGACUACCUUCUGUCGCCUUCACUGAAAGCUUUAUCAACAGUCUGAACCCCCCAUUGGCACCGGUCGUCAUUAUGCCAGCUGGCUCGGUAUCCUCAAACAGCUAUGAACCGUUACAGGGACAAAUGUCCUACCAAACAAUGCUUCCGCCGUCCCAGAAAUCAACGGUUGAAAACAAAUACACACCAAGAAAGAACUCGAUACCGUCGACUUUUUCAUGGAAUCAACAACCACGUCAUAGAUCUUUGAGUUAUUCUGUCCCGUCGCCGAACUCUCCAUCAGAAAAUCAGGCACUUCAGCAUUCGACUAACGUUUCUGGUUUUACCGUUUCCAGGACUUCUCAGGCACCUGAACAACAACAACAACAACAACAACAGUUACAAUUGGCCCAUAUUGCACAUGGAUCCUCUUCAAGCUCUUUGAGCUCCACCGGAAGUAUGACGAUGCCAUCUGGAAUGGUUUAUCCUAUUUACACCACACCUUAUGUUCAACCUCCAGCAGUUGAAGUUAUCGACAGAUCUCAGGAGAAGCAAGCCGGAACUAAACCAAGAACUGUUCAUCAGUGCGAUAUCUGUGGGCGCAAGGUCACAAGGGAUUUCGUUAGACACAGACGAACGCAUGACCCUGUUUCCAGGUUCAGAUGCGUGUAUCCAAAGGAGUGUUGUAACCACAAGACCGGAGCGUUUAACAGACAGUACGAUUUUAAGAAGCACUUAUUACACACACAUUUCAUCCUCAAGGAUCCCUCAGUGAAGAAGAUGAAGUCUUUACAACAGAAACUCCAAUAUAAAGGACAUUGUCUCUGUGGCCGUGAGAUGACAGCAGAAAGAUGGCUGGACCAUAUUACUGAAAGAGAUGAGAAUUUUGAACCCGUCUGUACUGACCUUGCCCAGAAAUGGAGGUCGGUAAAGCUGAGCAGAUCAUCGAAUUGAGUAACUGCAAGUCGACAUUACAAUCACAACCUUCUUCUUCAUCCAGAUAAAGCAACUAUGUCUAUAACGAAAUUAACGAAUAUUCAACUG